GGGGAGGAGUCGCGACCGUCCACGGCUGAGAGGCGGCGGCCCCGUCAGGAAAAAAGGCUAAUGCGUGAGCGUGACUGUGACUGCGUCGUCGGCGUCGCUGGUCUGCGUGGACGCCUCAUCUCCCCGCCGGCGCCGCCGCUCAUCUCCCACGGGCGGCUCAUCCAUCCGCCGGCGCUGGCGCCGCCGCCUCAUCUCCCCGCCGACGGACCGUAUAAGCCCCCCGCCGGCGCCUCCAUCUCCUGCUGCUCGUCCUCCCGCCGGCGGCUCCUCCGGUGGCUCGUCCUCCUGCUGCCCCUCCUCCCGCGACCGUAAGCGCUGAGCCUGCCCUCUCCAGUCUCCAUCUCGCCGGUGAGCCUGCCUGAACUCAUCCCCGACAUUUGCAGUAGCACUAGCACGUAGCGGCACCAGCAGCAGAAGUAGAAAACGGUUUUCGUUUUCCCACCCGAGACGCAACCUUGGUUUGGCUACUUGGCUCCCCAGAAGUCGGGAUGGAGGAUUCGUUGGCGUCUCACCUCUCCGACGAGGCGCAGGUUCCAGGUCGAGGAAUCUCAGAUGCUUCUGUGCGUAGUUCUUUGCAAGACGUGGGAGGAGAGGAGGCUGUUGGGGGACCCGAACCGAUGAGGGAGGAGCUGGUCCAGAGCGCGGUCAGUUUUCUGAAACACCCGAAGGUGCUGGCCUCUUCUGAUGUCCAGAGGCGUUCUUUCCUCGAGAAGAAAGGGCUCACCGUGGAUGAAAUCGACGAGGCGUUUCGACGUUUGCUUAGCCCAUCUUCAGACUCGAUGAGUUUAAAUACGUGCACAUAUCAAGGGGUCGAUGAUCAUUCUUCAAAAAUCACACAGGAGAAACCUGAAACUGUUACAACAUGUAUGGAUGAUUCAGGGAGGCCUGAGCCUGAAACUGAAUCUGUGGAUCCUGUGGUGCCUCGUCACCCAAAAUCAUAUAUGGAGAUCAUGGAAAUGAUACAAAGGGGAGAGCGGCCAGAUGAUAUACAGGACAUUAAUGAUGACCCUCCAAACCCUGAUCAACCAAUCUCAGAAUCCCGCAUGGCACCAAAACCCAAGCCAUGGGAAAUGCAGGGUCAAGAAAGUUCCAACCGGGAGUUGAAAUCUCAGUCAACGGACACCAUCGAAUUGAUAUCAGAAGUUCAACAUGACAGCACCAACCAGUUUACUGGAACAGGCGCUAUAUCAAAACAAAUGGUUGCAGCUUCUGAAGCUCACACAGAUGAUGCUGCCUCGACAAAGUCGUAAUUGCAAGAAACACAGGAUGAUGGAAUCGAACAUGGUGGAAACUAUCUCAACAUGUACUCAUCCAAAAGGCUCGAAUUUCUAGCGGAACGGUUUUCUGAAAUUCUCUGAACCUACUUUCUCUAAAUACACAGAUCUGUGUCAUUGUGACCCAGUUACUUUCCUAUUUUCAGUAUCAGAUUUAUCAGGCACAACACAAGAAUCCUCCCCAUUUUUGUUUCGCGGAAUAGUUGAUACAAUCUGUACCAUUUAGUUCUUGGUAAUCAUGAAAAACGUACAAACAGCCACAUGAAAUGUUGUGAUGCUCAUGUCUGAAGUCUGAACCCUUGCAUCUGAGAAUAUCUUGAAUUGUACAACUGUA